AUGGGCCGACAAGCCUACCUGAAUCGGCUCGCUCUGGGCCGGUCCCCGUACGAUGCCCCCGACUACGGCGCGGUGGAUCCCUCGAGCACGGUGCGACGAGUCUCCAGCAUCCACGCCGACGACUACAUGCAACAGUAUGACCACCGCGGCCACCCUGUCAACCCCGAGUCCAAAGUCCUUGGACGGGGCCUGCGGAGAGCCAAGAAUGACAUCCUCUCAACGAUGGGGAUCGUGGUGAGCGGGGAGGACCGGCAGACCAGGAUCCCCAAUGAACAGCAGAAGAUCAACCAGAUCGCCACCGAGAAUGACUUCGGCUUGGUCAUGACCACCCUGGACCAGCUGUUUGUCUUCUUCGGCACGUGGUGGACUACUUCGCUCACGGCUCGCAUUCUGACAUACAGACGCUAUACCCAUGCUGCCCUGCUGGAUGUCAUACGCUCUGAACGCGGGUCUACUGGCGUUGUCGGUUUCUAUUUUGCCGGAAUCCCUGCCUGGGCAGUAUCUAGCGGUUUCACUUUUGCCCGGGAAACCCCAUUGAAGCGGACCUUUACUUCUGUCCGAGAUUACCUCAUGGCAAAGACAGGGGAUGGCAGCCUCUCUCCCGUCGUCCGUUCGGUAUUCGGAGUUGCGUACACGGCGGCGAGGACCUCGGUGCUCAUGUUUUCCGUGGAAGCCUACAUGUACUCCUUGCUCCAGUCACUCUCGCUCGUGGCACCGAACUCUGUCCCUAGUCUUCGCCUCUUUAUCCCCUUUGGUGCCGAGUCCCUCAUUCAGCUGCCGCCACUCCCGACCGAAUUCACCUUCCAAUCCAUAGGCGCCUCGCUUACGGGCCUGUUAACGUCUCCUGCGGUUCUCGUGUUAAUAUAUGCAUAUUACCUGCGCCCGGAGCUCGAAGAGCGUCUUUACAGGUUGAUCCGUCGAAGGCUGCCAAAACCCACCCUUGCAGAUGAACUUUCGGUUCGUGUCGCUUUUGAAGAGAAUCUCAUUGAAUGGGUGGUGCCUACCCUUGGGCGGAGGUCGGAAGAGGAAAUUCAGCGUGCCAAACUUACAUUCCUCCAGGAUGUCCAGUGCGAGCUGGCCGCUUUUCGGGGAUGGGUUUUCUCGUGGUUUGGUCUUCGAUCAAGACACGCGCCAGAUCAGCAAACCAUCGAACCGGCCAGAGAUGACAGGAUUGAAAGCCUUCGCAACUCCAUCGAAACCUUGCAAAAUGAGCUUGAGGGGGCACAGUCGCGAAACCACACGGCCGAGCGUGGACCGGAUGAGCUCCUGGAAAGGAAUUUAGCAGCCACUCCUUUUUCUCACGUCGUCGAUAUUACGCAGCCAGACUUGCUGGGUGCUGCGCAAGCCUUGCAGUCCGAUGUGGUCACCACCACACUUGCCAUGAACCAGGUGCUCACGAACGAGAACCGGAUGUCGCAGUCUCCGGGAGAGAUGAGCAGCGACUACUUUUCCGAAAUGGCCACUCUAGGACAGGCGAGCGCCCUCUCGACCUCUUCCAAUCCGCAUGACCACCUGACACAUCAGGAUACACAACACGGCGAGGGAACGGCCAUGGACCGGCAGAAUUCACGGUCAAACACCCUAUUCUCACACCCAUCGUCCCCAGAUACAUCUCCGCCAACCUCGCCUCGUGUCCGGGCGUCGCUGAUCCAUCAAAGCUCCGACAUCAUCACUAUGCAGCUCGAGCUACUGGGCAACCGCAAUCGCAACGCGCAAAACCAGACUCGGGACCAGGAUCACCUGACUGUCCGGCCCAGCACUGAUGACCCUUCUCGGCCACCCUCGACGACCGUCGACCGCAGAUCGAUCGCCGAGUUUCUGGAUGCCUUGAUCUCGAGCCAGCAUCAUACAACGCUGAGUCCCCAGCACGCAGUAGUGCACCAAUCUAUCGCCGCAGACAGCGGCGCCCUUACCGACGUCGUGGCCGAACCUGAUCCCCCCAUGCCUGAAACUCAGCCUCCCCAUCCCCUUCCAGAUGCCGCGGUCACCGACCAUCCAGCUCUCGAGUCCACGGCCGACGUCCCCGUCCCCAGCACCACCCCGAACCUCCUGCCCGACGGCGUGGAGGAGCCAAACGACGACGACGAAGACGAAUCCCACACCCACCCACCCCCGGCCCCAGGCCCCGACCUGCACCAAAAUCCAGACAUAGUAGAACUGGACUCUCUCAUGGACCAACCACCCCUCACAUCCGCCACAACCCUCCCAUUCCCCUCACAAUCUUUCCUAAACCCAUCAUCCAUGGCACACAGAGUAACCCUUCUCUCCGCACACCCCAUCGACUCGCUCGCCUCCCACCUCGCCGCACUGCUAAGUGUCAUCCUGCUCUCCCCGCUGGAAUCCCUCUCUCUCCGCUCCCUAGCACACUCCUACCUCGGCUCCGCGCACCGCUCUUCUUCUUCGUCCGCCAUCCAGCUCGCGGACCUCCAUCCGCUGGGCCUGUGGUUCGGCGCAACCUCGUGGUCCGAUGCGUUUGCUUAUACGGGGCGCCUAGUCCUUAUGCGUGGUAUGCAGGCUGCGCUCAGGGCGGGCGUGUGGGGAUUCCUCGUUGGUUCGACUAUGAGAAUUGGGAGGAGUUUUUGUGGGUGGGGGAAGUUGUGA